UUUGGAGUUUCUCAUACAUUGCUGUCUGGAAGCUGACCGCGUAGUUUCUCAUCAAAAACUGCAGUCCAUCAAAAGAAAAAGAUGGCCGCUCUUUGUUUACGUUAAAAUAAUAAUUCGCAUCGUCAAUGAGUUUUAUGGCUAAUGUGAAGGGAGUUAAUCGGGUCGGGAACAAUGGAAGAUGCCAAUACGGAAGCCAUACUUUCUGAGCCAGGAGGUUCAGGGCUUGCGCAGGAAGUCUCGCGCCUUUGGGCGCCAGUCGCCGCUUGUCCUGGCCAGACCAGCGAUGUCAACAAAGAAAAUCCCGAAGCAUCAACUCUAAGGGAAACAAUACUGCCUGCAGAGAAGUGCAAUUCUAAGAGCCCCCAAAUGCUCAAUGAGGAACAGCCGGAAAAGAAAUGUCAGUCAGACAUAAGUCGUCGCCUUCGAGCCAGAAAAAGCCUCAUUCCAGAGCAGCUGGUUUCGAAACGGCGGAUAGCUCAGAUGCGCCGUGUAAGACUCAAGGGUGCAGAAGUGAAUACAGAAGCUGAGCCAAAUGUGGAGACAGAAGCUGAGCCAAAAGUGGAGACAGAAAUAAAGACUGAAAUGGUGGAAGCCGGGGGAACAAGUGUGGCGACUAGACUUGUUCUUGUUGAGCGUAUGUCGGCCAUGGGUACCCCUACUUUGGCUGUUACCAGGGUGCUUGUAGAUGAGCCCGAUUCACUUGAUUCUGAAGAAGAGCUGCUGGACCAAGAACAACUGCUCUCAGAAAAAGAACGACUGCAAAAAGAAUUGCCGAAUAGAGGUCCUACGCUGGAGCAAAACGGCGGGAAGGAAUUGCCCGCGUGCACUCAGGAACACACCUCGGUUUCUGAUGGCUGUGAUCCGACGUCCGAGGAUGAACUUCCCAUGGCUGAACCUCCUUGCGAGGUUGAACUUCAUUCGGCUUUACUCCCGAAGACCGAACCCCCUUCGCCUGAAUCUCCUUCGCCCGAAUAUCCGGAUGAUCAUUUUAUGUCUGAACUUCUUUUGGCGGCACCUAUAGUAGAACUUUAUGUGGCUGAACCUCCCACGGCUGAACCUUCGACCGACCCUUCUGCGUCUGAACCUUCGGCUAAACCCUCUAAGGCGAAGCGUCCUAAGACUAGACGUCCUAAGGCGGCUAAACGUCCCAAGGCGAAACCUAAGGCUAAACCUCGGGUUAAAUCAAGAGCUAAGGCUGAACCUGAGGCUGAAUUUCAGGCUGAACUUCAGGCCGAUGCCCCUAAAAGACGACAACCAAUAUUGACCACAGAAGCCCUCGAAAGAAGACGCCAGCAUGACCGGGACCGGGACCGAAGCCAGAGGCGCAUGACAAAAGAACAGCGGGAGCGGAAACGCAUGCUGGACCGGGAACGUCAGAGACACCUGACUGCCGAACAGCGGCAGCGGAAACGCGAGUAUGACCGGGAACGACAGCUACUCCGUGCAAGACUAAAGUGUGGUGAAGUGAAUUCGGAACGGGAACUUUACGCCAUGGGACUGACUGAAGAACAGCAGGAGAGAAAACGGGCGCGGGAACGAAAUCGUUACAGAAAAAAGCGAGGCCUUCCUCCCAUCGAAGUGCAGGGAGCCGUGGAAAUGACUGAAGAACAGCGGGCAUUCCUAAGAGCCACGGAUCUGGCCGAACAAAAUCAGAUACGGCUGAAAAGGGAAAACCAAGAAAGAACCGAUACCGGCCCCCAAGAGGAGUGUCCGCACUGCCAGCGUGCAUUUCGGUGGAAGACGUCCCUCGAACGACAUUUACUGGAGUGUGGGCAGGAGCCAAAUCAGCAUUUUUUGCAAGCCUUUUUGUAUUAAAAUAAAUAUUUGUUACGACAAUAAAACUCUCGGCAAGACUGGCUCAAAAUUUCUGUAACAUUUGUGCAUUUGGUGUUGAGCACGGGAAUCGAAGAGCCUGUGAAUGCUCGACCCAGAGCAGCAACAGGACGUCAGGCGAAGACGAUCUGUCGCCUCGAAGCGCCUCCAAGUCAUAACGAGCCCCUCCAGCCAGACUAGUUAGAUACGAAACGGUGGAUGGUCCAAAUCGUACAAGACGCGAGAGUGGAGAAGUGCAUACGGAAGUUGGGCCGGCCAGGGCCAAAAGUGGCAACAGAAGAAGGGACACUAGUGGAGACAAAAAUGAAGACUAGAUUUGUGGAAGCAGAAGGAUCUGCAGAGGCGACAAGACUUGCUCUUGUCGAGCGUGACUCUGACGUGGCACCCCUACGUUGUCCGUCACUAUGGUGCUUCUGCCCGCUGAUUCAAAUCGUAAGUGAACUACCUCUCUUUUGUGCGUCCGCUAAAA